AUGGCUGGUUGUGGGAACAAGUCGACUCGAGUUCAAUGUGUAGUGGUUGUCAUUGCAGUUUUCUUCUGUUUGUCUUCGUCACAAGAUGCUAGAAGUCUGUGCCAAAAAUAUGCAAAUUACUGCAAACUCUGGAAAAAGUAUAUCGACGUAGGCUACAAAUCUCUUCAAGUGUAUUACGACCUUUGUGAAUGUUCAAAGCAAGCACAAUGCGGCUAUUCAGCUCGAUACUGCUCGGUUUGGCUUUACUACAUCAAAUUCGGCUACAACCGGCUUCAGAUUCUCUAUGAUCGAUGUGAUUGUGACAAACUAGUCACUGAUUCCACUACGGCCAGCAGCACGACUCUAAAGACUACAACUGAGGCAACAACGACAACAACCAGUCCAACAACGACAACGACCAGUCCAACAACGACAACGUCUAAACCAACAACGACGACGACUGUCCUAACUACCAUCACAGCCACUCCACAGCAGUGCGGAGUAAGCUCUAAGAUUGAGGACCCGUCAGAAUAUUUGAAGAGUUCGGUGCUUAGAAUUGUAGGAGGAAAUGCCGCCACGGAGUGCGAGUUUCCGUGGAUGGUCAUUAUUAAAAUAGAUUCCUUUCGUAUGUGUUCCGGAAGUCUAAUCGAUGACAGGCACGUGAUUACAGCCGGGCACUGCGUGAGAACAGUCUUGAUUAACCCGGGAUCCGUCAAGAUAGGACUGGGAUCGUCAAACAAACAAGAUGGCGGAGCAAUGCAAUAUAUUUCUGUUUCUCGGAUCUUUCGUCAUCCGGCUUACACUAGAGAUUUUGAUAAGAACAGCGAUCAACGUCCAGAUAUAUUACAAGAGGUCAAACUUCCCAUUAUGAGCCAAUCAGCGUGCAGCAAUGUGUAUACACACUACGAUGACAGUAAAAUCUGCGCUGGUUACCCACAAGGCGGGAAAGACGCAUGCGAGGGUGAUUCGGGUGGACCACUAGCGUGUGCUAUCGACAACAAAUGGGUAAUGGUCGGCUCCGUAUCAUACGGAUUAGGGUGUGCCAGACCCGGAUAUCCGGGCGUUUACACUUACGUACCAAACUACUACUCCUGGAUAGACGAAAUUCGCAACGCCUAAGUCAAGCUUUCUAAGUAAAGCUGUCCAAGUGCU